AUGUCAUUAUCUUUGUUCCCGGAAAUCUGCUGCUCUUUCCAUAUUCCCAUUCUCAGCACCCUCUGCCCAGAUACCGAGCUGCUCAAGCCACAUGCCUGGGAGCCAUCCUUGAGGAUCCUUGAGUUUCCCUCCCUUGUCAUCUUUGGAGGAGCCAAGUGUGACCUCACCGGGGACCUGUCUAGAUCAUCAAAACUGCGGAUAACAGGGCAGAAGGGGCGGCGGGCCCGGAACUGGAAGGCACUGGAGACGCAGCAGGGAGGGCUCAGUCUCGGGGCUCCGCGCGGCCACCCGAGCUCGUGUCUUCGGGUAAAGGCUUCUGAAGGAAGCGGCCGGAGGAAAGGACCCUCCCGCCUCUCACUCCCCGAGCCCGCCGCGUCCGCAGCCCCGCCCCCCGGGGACAGCGCGGGCCCGGCCCGGACGCGCAGGAGCCCCCGCCGACCGCGGGACUGCGGGACCCACCCGCGCUGCCCCAGGGUCCCCGCGGCGGCGGCGGCGGCGGGCGGGAGGCUCCCGCAGGGCCCGGGCGGGGGGCCGCAGGCACCCGGGCCCGCCCCACCCGCGCGGCCGGAGAAGGCGCGGCCCAGGGCGGCGGAGGCAUGGCCGCGGGGGCCGCGGGGCGCGGGGCGGCGCCUCCCCAGCAGGAGCAGGUGCGGGCGCGGGGCGCGGGGCGGCGCCUCCCGAGGGGGGCAGGUGCGGGGCGCGGGGGGCGGGGCGGCGCCUCCCCAGCAGGAGCAGAUCUCUCAAACAAAGCUUUCUGCGGAUGAUGAGUGGAACCUGCAGCAGGAGAAGAUGUACAAGAUGCACCGUGGCCAUGAGUCCAUGCACGUGGAGAUGAUCUUAAUCUUCCUCUGCACCCUGGUCAUCGCCCAGAUAGUGCUGGUACAGUGGAGACAGAGGCACGGCCCGUCCUACAACCUGGUGACACUGUUGCAGAUGUGGGUUGUCCCUCUGUAUUUCACGAUAAAACUUUACUGGUGGCGGUUUCUGUCUAUGUGGGGAAUGUUCUCAGCUAUUACCAGUUACAUCCUCUUCAGAGCUACCCGAAAACCCCUCUCAGGGAGAACACCACGAUUGGUCUACAAAUGGUUUCUUCUAAUCUACAAACUCAGCUAUGCAUUUGGUGUUGUGGGUUAUUUGGCUAUCAUGUUCACAAUGUGUGGAUUCAAUUUAUUUUUCAAAAUCAAGGCUAGAGAUUCCAUGGAUUUUGGCAUUGUGUCCUUGUUCUAUGGCCUCUACUAUGGAGUAAUGGGAAGAGAUUUUGCAGAGAUCUGUUCGGAUUAUAUGGCUUCUACAAUAGGGUUCUACAGCAUGAGUGGGAUGCCCACGAGGAGCUUGGGGGAUAAUGUCUGUGCCGUCUGUGGGCAGAAGAUCAUUGUGGAGCUCGAUGAGGAAGGACUCAUUGAAAAUACCUACCAGCUCUCAUGCAAUCAUGUCUUUCAUGAAUUCUGCAUCCGCGGUUGGUGUAUAGUUGGUAAAAAGCAAACUUGCCCUUACUGCAAAGAGAAGGUUGAUUUGAAGAGGAUGAUCAAUAACCCCUGGGAGCGCACACACUUUUUGUAUGGACAAAUCCUUGAUUGGCUUCGUUAUUUGGUGGCCUGGCAACCCGUGAUGAUUGGAAUAGUUCAAGGCAUUAAUUAUUCACUAGGGCUGGAGUAGUACAGCAGACCUACUCCAGAAGCAACGAGUUGCAUGUUGAAAUAUUUUUAAAUCCUUGAUCCUACAUUUAUUAUUGAUAUUCUUUUUUUUUUUAAUUUCAGAGAUAAGCGCAAGAGUUUUUAGACCUGGAUAAAACUCAGGACCCUACAAAAAAGGCAAUCUGCCUAUGUGGAAAGAAUUUAAAAGAGAAGUUGAAUGUCAAAAGUUCAGAAAAAAACCAGAAAACCAAUGAAUCAGCAAAGUAGUAAUUAGUAAAAGUUUGUUAUGCACACAUCAAAAAGAUAGUUUGCAAACCAGGAGCACUCAGACCAAAACACAGAAGGAAGCUCAGAGGUAUAGGUUACACAACCGCUUAUCUAGUUUGGAGGCAGUGACUGUUUAUUCUUCACAGUGAUUGGUUACAAUAUUGGAAUUUUCUUUAUGGAAAGGGAAUUGAUUAGUGAUCACCUCAUAUCAAUUUUGGGAAAACAAUUUAAGUUUUGCUUAUGAUUUUCAGAGGCGUAAGCAAAAAGCACCCGGGGCAAGUUACUCUCACUUGUCUUGCAAAGUAAGCUAAAUCAAGCUUUGCUUGUGAGACUAAAAACUGGUUUUGUCUGCUCUGGGACUUCUAAGUCUGGUCUCUGUGUUUGAUUUUAACGUGAGCAACAGCAUAAACAAACACAGCAUCCUUUGCAUCUUUCCCAUUGUGAUCGUUUUCUAAUCCAUGCAUGCAGCCCAUUUGUUAAACCCACCAUGGACCUGCUAUCUCUAAUGUGGCUGAUAAGGUACUUCUUACUACAGCAUUUAGCUAUAACUAGGAUCUUCUGAUCAAUUCAAAGAAGUAGGCAGAGUUGUUAUGUAAACUACAGUUUAAGGAUAAGGUCUUCUCUGCUCUCUGCUUGUCACCACGUGGCAGCUUUGGUGACAUAAAGCCCUUUGGCAUGGAGGGUGUUAUUCUGGAACUGUCUGGCAUUAGGUGCCACAGCCCAUUCAAUGAGCCAGACGUGCACUGCAUUUGCUGGGCCUUCCAAGUGCACCUGACCCAUCCAAGGGCUGCACUAAAAAAGGGGAGAACCACUCUCUUCUUCUGUGCCACUCCGUUCACACACACACACACGCACACACACACACGUGACAUCACUCUCUUGCUAUACUCUGCUUUUAUUUUCUUCAUAGCACUUAUCAAUACCUGAAAUCAUAUCAUACAUUUAUUUUUUUAUUUGUCUUCCCCUCCAUGAAGGCAGAGGAUUUGAUCUAUUUAGUUCCCUAUUUUAUGUCCAGCACUCAGAGUAGUGCCUGUUACCUAAUAGGCACUCAAUAAAUAUUUGUUGAAAGAAUGAAUUAGGGGCGCCUGGUUGGCUCAGGGAUUGAGCAUCUGUCUUUGGUUCAGAUUGUGAU